UUCUGUAGGUUAUGUUGUUAUAAUAUUGUUUGUUCAUUUGUUUAUUUAUUAUUUUAAUUUUAUUCCAUUUUUUUUUUUUGCGCAUGAUCUGUGAUUAUUUUGCAAAAGUUACCAUCCGACAAUCCCAUCAAGGUGUUGGAAUGUAUGUGUGUACAUUAAUUAACCUAUAAAACAUAACCUUAGAGUAAGUCUGAAUGUAAUCAAAACUAUAAAGUAAACAACAGUUGUUAUUAGUAAAUAUUGAUGAACAAUUUACAAAAAUGAGUGAAUUUAAAUUACAUGCAUUGAUAGUAGAGUUGAUUCGUGUAUUGGAUUCUUCAGAUCCACCAGAGACAUUUAUUAAUCAAAUAGAAAAAAGUUCUGAACCAUUAGAAAAUGCUGCACCAGCAACACUUUUACAACAGCUCGCUAAAUUGGCACCAAAUAGUGAAUUGUUUACUCGAAAAUAUGACGAACUAAGAUCAAAGAAUAUUGAUGGGUUAGGUUCAUUUGUCAGGGUGCUUUCCCACAUAUCAUCAAAUGAAGAACUGAAAGAAUAUUUAUCUCAGUGUGUUCCAAAGGGUGAUUUACCAAACUUAUCAGCACUAGCUGCAGUAACGAAUGAUGACUUACCAAAAAUAUGUAAAAAUAUCAUUAAAGCAGCUGUAGAGGGUGAGAAGAAGCUUAAUGACUCUUUUAGCAGCGAUACAAAGGCUAAUGAAAACUUGAGAUAUAAUCUACAUGACAAACGUCCAAACCUCACCUGGGACUUUCGUACCAACCCGCAAUUAAUACCUUGUGAAAAAGUGGUACCAUCCGUCUCCCAAGAGUCUAUUCUAAUCUCAGACUUAUUCAACUGCAUGAAAGGCAUCAAUGGCAACUACAUCGUAGCAGAGCCUCUAACAGGACCCUACGAGAUGCGGACCUUUUUAAUAGCACAUGAUGUUGAUAUUUCUUAUAAACAGCUAGCCCAACGAAUCCUACCUCUUGCCUCUUCCUACUCCAUGGUCACGCGUUUCGUUGAAGAAAAGAUCCAACCUGAAGAUGGACAGGUCAAUCAUGCUCUAAGAGGAGCUAUAGAGUGUUUACUAAAAGACUAUUUCUUGUUCGUCGUCCAGCUAGAGACUGAUCAUAAACGUGGGAAGAUUGACUUACCAAAACUGUGGUUUUAUAUUCAUCCUUCCAUCGCUACCAUGUCUGUUCUGUCUCAGAUCACAUCAUCUAUUCUAAAGGGUGAAGCAAAAGGUGGCAAAGUGUUGAGCUUACUUUAUGAACAAGUCAGUGAUAUAAGUGCUGAUACAAACAGAAAAGAACUAUGUUCAUUCCUCAUUGAAGCUGCUAGUGUACCAUACAUGCAGAUCCUAGAGAAAUGGGUCUAUAAAGGAAUUAUUUAUGAUCCUUAUCGAGAGUUCUUCGUUGAAGAUAAUGAACUAAUUCAGUGUGAUGAAUUACCUAUGGACUAUUCUGCUGAUUAUUGGGAGAAAAGGUACACCAUGAAGUCAGAAAGAAUCCCUAACUUUCUGAAUGAAUGUGCUCACACGAUCCUACGUACUGGGAAAUAUUUCAAUGUCAUUCGUCAGUGUGGGAAAAAGAUGAAUUGGUUGAAACAAGAGCCACUAGUUUAUAGAUAUCGUGAUCAAGAAUUAUUCUUUGCUAUUGAUCAAGCUUACUCCGAAGCUGCUAGGACGCUACUUGAGGUUUUGAUUCAUGAGAAUGAUCUGAUGGGAAGACUGAGAAGUGUUAAGAAUUAUUUCUUGCUGGCCCAAGGAGAUUUUGUUGUUCAAUUUUUGAAUUUAUGUGAAAAUGAAUUGAGUAAAAAUAUGUAUGAUGUUGUUAUCAAUAGAUUAGCUUCACUAUUAGAAGUUGCUUUGAGAACAUCAACUGCUGAUCUAGAUCCUUACAAAGAUGAUCUAAAACCAGAACUUCUUCCUUAUGAUUUGCAGUAUCAAAUGUUUAGGAUCUUGUCCAUUCAAACUAAUGAUGAAAAAGAUUUUGCUAUUCAUACUGAUAAAACAUUAACUGGAAUUGAAGCUUUCGUAUUUAACUAUGAUGUUAAAUGGCCUGUAUCUUUGGUUUUAAAUAGAAAAGCCAUCACCUGCUAUCAGAUGAUCUUUAGGCAUUUAUUUUACUGUAAACAUAUCGAAAGGCUUUUAUGCAGAGUAUGGGUUAGUAAUAAAAUAGCCAAGACUUUUACUCAUGAAGUUGCCAUGGCUUAUCGUCAAGCUUUUUCAUUGAGGCAACGAAUGUUAGAUUGUAUCCAGCAUCUAGAGUAUUAUAUGAUGGUUGAAGUUAUUGAACCUAACUGGCGAACAUUCAUCAAUAAGAUGGGUAAGGUGACAAAUAUUGAUGAUGUAUUGAGUGUUCAUCAAGAUCUUCAAGAUAGUUAUUUGAAAGAAUGCAUGCUAACUGAUUCAGAAUUAUUAUCAAGUAUAACAGGAAUUUGUCAUACGUGUAUAAAAUUUUGCAAUUUCAUUCAGAGUAUGAGCCGUUACUACAUUGACGCUGAACUGACUUCAAUGAUUGAUGAAUUUCAACCAGAAUCAUACCACCAGGAGGAAAGUGGUACGAAGUCAGAUAUAAAUGGAAGCUUUGAAGACACGAUAAAAAAUUUAAGUGAAAAAUUUACUGAUGCAUUAUUGCGAUUAUUGAACCGAAUAUGUGCCUUGCGAUACAUGAAUAAUUAUGAAAAAUUAUUAAACGUCUUUUCCAGAUUGGAUUUCAAUCAUUUCUACACUGAUAUUAUGGUGAAGAAAAAUAUAGAUAAACACACUCAAUAAUUAUUUGUUUAAAAGAAGGUAUUAAAUAUUGUGAGUAUUAUAAAAAGAAAUUUAUUAAAAAAU